GGACGGAACAGUCAAGACGAAGAUCAAUCGCAUUGGCCCUCUUCAUAAGUCUUUUCUCUGUGCUCACCGCGCUCUCUCGCUGUACCAGAAUCGUUUACCAUAGGUUUACCACAGGCAUGUAGGCGAAACGAUGCGGGCUCCCCUUGUUGUGCUCGAUACGUACAACGUAGACAAACGUCCAUUUGACGGCGAUCAAUCACUUAACGCAGGGUCGAGCCCAACUCGACUCCACUGAGAACACACGAUGGACUAUUACCAACCGCCAUCUGUGCGACAUGAUCAUCGCAAGGUCAUCUCAAGGCCAUCGUCGCAAGGACGCUAAUAGAAGGAUAAUUUCUGUUUUCUUCCUUCAAAAUGGGUUUCGGGGUACUAGAGGAUAGGCAUAUGACCCGCCCGCCGGGGACAUCGAAGCUUGGCGAGGAUGAGGGUCCGUCCUUCGAUACAGCGAGCGUCGGCGAGUUAAAGAAAGAUGGCGAUAUCAUCCUGGUGCCGCAGCCGAGCGAUUCGCCUAAUGAUCCCCUCAAUUGGUCAAAUGUCAGGAAAAACGCAAUCAUGCUCAUUCUCGCCUUCAGCUCCGGCGUUACAACCUCGCUUGGCCCGAUGAUUUCACCUGGUUUGGUGAUAAUCAGUAAACAGUACGAUGCCAGCCCUGACACGGUGGCUACCUUCAUGGUCGGGUCUAUUCUUCUGUUUACGGGUGCCGCGACUUUCUUUUCGGCUUCGGGAGCAAAUAUCUGGGGAAAGAGGCCGUUCUUCGUGAUAUCUACGCUAUUGCUGUUGAUAUCGAACAUCUGGGGUACUUUUGCCGAUUCAUUCGGUUCAUUGGCCGCUAUGCGUAUCUUUCAAGGUAUCGCCUCUGCUCCCCUAGAGACGCUAGUCACGUCGACGGUUUCGGAUCUAUUCUUCGUCCACCAGCGAGGAUUACGCCUAUCAUUGUGGGGAGUCAUGUUAGGGACUGGCGUUUUGCUGGGUCAGAUCAUCUCUGGUUACAUCAUCGAGUCAAUGGGUAUCUCCGGUACCUUUGCUAUUAGUGCGCUCAUCUUCUGCCUGAUUUUACCCCUCAUGUAUUUCGUAAUCGUCGAGACCACGUACACGAAGCCGCCUACCACCAAGUUCGACGACAAGCGCCCCGGGUCGCGAGCAUCCUCGAUAGGGAGUUUCGAUCUUAAAGGCGACGACCCAGCCAACGAGCCAAAGGAAAGCUACAAGAGCCAGCUCCGUAUCUUCCGUGGCCGAUUAUCGAACGACUCCUUCUGGAAGGGCGUUAUUAAGCCAUUCCCUCUCAUUUGCUUCCCUGCCGUCAUAUUUUCCACUCUCGUAUACGCGUCUUUCUUUUGCUGGCUCUUGAUGAUUGGUGUCUUGUCUGUCAACAUCUUCACCGCGCCUCCGUACAACCUUACACCGGCAGAGGUUGGACUCACCAACAUUCCCCUGGCCAUUGCCACGUUAAUCUUCUCGCCACUUUCCGGAUGGAUGGCUGACGCAGUCCCUGUUUGGUUGGCAAAGCGGAACGGGGGCGUUUUCGAGCCUGAAUUCCGCUUGGUCCUUAUGGCCAUUGCUAUCCCAUUCAGCACAAUUGGAUUUAUCGGGUUCGGAAUCGCUGCUUCUGAAGGGUUAUCCUUAACCUGGUGCUUAGUAUGGAUUACGAUGCACUCGGUAGCCGUGCCAUUCGCUGCUCAGGCAUCGGUCAGCUACGUUAUUGACUGUCAUACCAAGGAUGCUAACCAGGCAUUCGUGACUAUCAACUUCGUCAAGGCGCUUUUAAGCUUCGUCGCCUCGACCAUCGGAAACGGACUGCUUAUUGAGCACGGACCUAAGGUCCUAUUCAUCGGAAUCGCAAUGCUAAACCUAGGAAUCAGCCUGCUCACUAUCCCUAGUUACAUCUACGGCAAGAGGCUAAGGAGCUGGGUGGCGAGGAGUGAAUGGGCCAAGAAGAUUUGAACGGUGCAACAACACAAGCCUUUUCCCUGGCGUGUUGGAUCUAUGCCUGUAUUGUAUAGGAUAUUUUAUGACGGUGGACUUGGUUGAAUCCUGUAUCUUGGGGUUCUUGGGAAACGGACGAUAUGACGCGAACGGCUGGCCGAAUGUAUUUUUCCAUGUUAUUAAAGAGAUAUGUCAGUAAUGUGCAUUAGCCAUUUUAAUUAUUCUAGCAAGCUAGGAGCCAAACCUGUCUAUCACAAGUGAUCACAUCAACGUGUACAUGUAUGCUGUUCGUGAUCUAUUAAUACUAACAUGGCAAGUCAAUAAUUAUGAAAUCAUCGAGGCACUUAGGCAGA